GAAUAUACCUCUCACACCACCCAUCACCCUCCCCUGCCUCCUCCCACACCCCACACCCCUACGCCCCCAUGCCCUGCGCCCCAACAUCCUCCCCCGUUCCCCCUAGGGCGUUGCUGUCAUUGUCGGGUGACUCCAGAGCUAGGGCGCUGCUGUCAGUGUCUGGUGACUCCAGUGCUUGUGAGCUGGUUCCUCUAGCACGUCUCCCCUCCUUCCCCUCCUUCAGAGCGUUGCUGUCAGUCUCGAGUGACUCCAAUGCGCGCAUCACAGCCGUAGCUGCCAAGCCUGCCGGCCAAGCUCUCCUCAUUCCUCAAUCCCCCUUAAUUCUCCCCAUUCGUCCUCCCCUUCGCCUUCCCAUCCCCCACCAGGCUGGGUAA